AGGACCCCUCUGGGCCCCGCGCCCGUCCCCGCCCCCCGGCACCGAUGGGCCCGGUUAUAAAUAGGCACAGCAGGGCCGGUGAUGGCCGCGCGCUUCCACCGCGUCCACGGCACCAACAUCCGCCUGGACGGGGCCCGCAUGAGGGCCACACGUGUGGAGAGCUUCGGGCACGGGCUGUGCUUCAGCCAGGAGCCGCUGGCACCGGGAGAGCUGUUCCUGGUGCAGAUCGAGGAGAAGGAGCGGGGCUGGUGCGGGCACCUGCGCGUGGGGCUGACGGCCCUGGACCCGCAGCGCCUGCAGCCCGUGCCCGAGUACUCACUGCCGGACCUGGUCAACAUGGGGGACACGUGGGUGUUUGCCAUCACCCGCAACCACAACCGCGUGGCGGUGGAUGGGGAGGAGGCUCGAGCCCCCCCCGGGGACCCCUUCCUGUGCAUCGAGCGCGUGAGGAUCCCCCGUGAUGUGCUGGUUGGGCGCAGCAGGCCCGGGCGCUACAGCCACAUCCUGGACGAGCUGUACAGGACGAAUGUGCUGCCCCCCACGGCCCGGCGCAGCCGCAUUGGUGUGCUGUACACCCCGCAGCCCGACGGCACCGCCGACAUGCACAUCAUCAUCAAUGGGGAGGACAUGGGGCCCAGCGCCCGGCAGCUGCCCACAGCCCGCCCGCUCUACGCCGUGGUCGAUGUCUUUGCCUCCACCAAGAGCGUCCGGGUCAUCCCAGUGGAUUAUGGCUUGCCAUCCCUGCAGACCCUGUGCCGGCUGGUCAUUGAGAAGCACAUCGUGCACCGCCUGGCCAUCGACGGCCUGGACCUGCCCCCGCUGCUGAAGAGCUUCUGCAAACACGAGUGAGGUGUGGAGGGCUCCCCCCACGGCAACAGGACCUGCACCCGCAGCUGCAUCCAGCACUGGUGAGCACGGCACGAGCCACCCAACAUGGGACACGAGAGUGCAUCAGAGGGACCCUGACCGUGCUGCAGGGUGGGUGUGUGGGCAGCAGCAGGUACAGCCCAAUAAAGUCCUUCAGCCAGCGAGUGGGUGCACGGCAGGGCUUGGGUGCAUGCAAGGACACGGGGAGCAAGGGGCAGCUGCCCCUGUCCUGCCUGGGGAGGAAGCUGCAGCUUUGGGUGUUUGGUCCCCACCAGGGGGGUUUCCUUCGCCCUCUGUGGCAGCAUCUCCUGUGG